GGGCUGGGCGGGCCCCUCUGCUCGCUCCCUCGGCACCGGCGGAGGCCCAGCAGCCCGGGAGUGCUGGCACCGCGGGAAUGGUGGCUUUUGAGGACGUGGCCGUGACCUUCUCCCAGGAGGAGUGGCAGCAGCUGGAUGAGGCUCAGAGGACCCUGUACAAGGAUGUGAUGCUGGAGGCCUACAGCAGCCUUGUGGCAGCGGGGCAUUGCAGAUCCAAGCCUGAAGUGAUCGUCAAGCUGGAGCAAGGAGCAGAGCCAUGGAUGGGGGAAGAACCUGCCCCCCGGACGCUCUCGGAUGUCCCAGCUGUUGACGACCCGAUGGAGAACAACCAGAAAAUUCCCAACAGACAUUGCUGGCAAGCUGUAAUCAACAGCAGCAAGUUGCCAACUAUGAAGAGAACUGACUUGGGGAAGAUGCUUCAUCUGGGUCCCACUCGGGUUAUGAAAGGUGAUAAUGCUUUCAUAAAGAUUCCUGAGGUGCAUAAAGCCUGUCAUAGCUCCUUCCCACCCUGUGAACCCUCAGAGAUGCUCCACAGAGAGGAAUCUGAGGACUGUGGGGGCACUGCCAAGUCUCUCAGCUCUCCUGAUCAUUCUUGUGUAUCCCGGAUGACCUCGGCCUGGCAGCCUCUUGAGUGGAAUGGACAAGGAGGAGCCUUGAACAAGGAGUCAACCUGCUCUCCAUCAGGGAGGGCUCCCUCGGGAGAGUCUGCCUCUACACAUGGAAAAUACGAGCAAGCCUGUGACACAUCACCUCUCACAGCCCAGCAGAGGUCUCACACAGGGCAGAUCCCCUCCAGGUGUGACAGAUGGGGGGGAACCGUCUUUGAGAAACCAGUCCAGUGGAAUCUGUACAGAGACUUUGAAAACAGACUCCAAAAACACAAGCAAAGGGGGUGCGUUUUCAGCAACGAACUACGCCUCCUUCAGCUCAGCAAGACCGAUCUAAACUCGAAACCGUUCGACUGUGACACGUAUGGUCAAAGGCUUCAAAACUUAUCCCAGCUCAGCCAACCCCAGCAGAUCCACACUGCCGAGUAUCCUUACAGCUGUCAGAAACUCCGUGAGAUCUCAGCCCUCCCAGCACGUCAGAAAUCCCUCCCAGGAGAAAAACUGUUCGAAUGUCAAGAAUGUGGGAAAAGCUUCUCCCAGAAAACGAACCUCUACAGGCAUCAGAAAAGCCACACAGGCGAGAAGCCCUACGAGUGCACAGAUUGUAGGAAAACUUUCUCCCGGAAGGGAAACCUCAUCGUCCAUCAGAGGACUCACACUGGGGAGAGGCCCUAUGAGUGCCAAGAAUGCAGGAGAACGUUCUCCCAGAAGUCCGUCCUCAUCACACACCAGCGAAUCCACACGGGAGAGAAGCCCUACGAGUGUGAAGACUGUACCAAAGCCUUCUAUAAGAAGUCCGACCUCACCGCACACCAGAGGAUCCACACGGGCAAGGACCUCUACCAGUGCAAAGAGUGCAAGAAAGCCUUCUGCCACAAGGCAGGCCUCCGGCUACACCAGAGGGCUCACACAGGGGAGAAACCGUACGAAUGCCGAGAAUGUGGGAAAGGCUUCUCCUGGAAGGGAGGCCUCAUCCUACACCGCAGAAGCCACACGGGGGAGAAGCCCUACACCUGUAAGGAGUGUGGGAAAAGCUUCUCGCAGAAGAUCACCCUCACCCGACACGAGAGUGCCCACACAGGGCUGAAACCCUACGCCUGCCAGGAGUGUCGGAAAAUGUUCUCCCAGAAGACAUACCUUGCUGUGCACCAGAAAAGCCACACAGGGGAGAAGCCCUACAAGUGCAAAGAUUGUCGGAAGACCUUCUGCCAGAAGGCAGAGCUCUGCGCCCACCAGAGCAGCCACUCGGGGGAGAGGCGCUACGAGUGCAGAGAAUGCAGGAAGACGUUCUCUCAGAAGUCGGUCCUCGUCGAACACCACAGGACCCACACAGGUGAGAAGCCCCACGCCUGCAGGGAGUGCGCCAAGACGUUCUGCAAGAAGUCCAACCUCACCGUGCAUCAGAGAACGCACACGGGGGAGAAGCCCUACACGUGCCAUGAGUGUACAAAAACCUUCUACCAGAAAUCAAACCUCCUGAGGCAUCAGAGAAUUCACACGAGAGCAACACCAUGACUGCAGAAAGCGGAGGCAAAAGUUCACCCACGAGGCACAUCCCUCUCUGUCCACCAGCCACAAACCCGAGGGGACAGGGGAAGCAUUACGGUGCUUCUCCAAAAAGAGUUUUCAUACCUGAGGUCCCAGGCUCAUUCCCCCGGCACCACCAUCAGCCAGAGCUGACCAAGGCUCUCUUUGUUAUCUCUCUUUUCAUUAAAAUAAAAUGGGUUAA